CAAGGAAGGGAGGGAGGGAGGGAGGGAGGGAGGGAGGGAUGUAGGUGAGGUAAGGAGGGAGGAAAGAUCGAAGAGAGGGAGGUGGAGGUGGACACUAUGGGCGGAAAAGUAGUUUGCUGAUCGUCUCAUGUUGUCAUCGUGCCUUUCAUGUUACUUGUACUUGGAACAGUCGAGGUUUUGGCGAAGACCGGGAUUUUUUUUUUUUUAACCGUGUAUUUGUAAGUGCGAGUGAAAACAUGUCUUUGUUAGAUCAAAGACCGCAGCUUGUUUAGGAUAUUUGAAAACAACGUUGAAUGGUUGAUGCACAAGAAUGCUCGUCAAGGAGGAAGAGGAGGAGGAAGAGAAGAGGAAGACAUGGAGGAAAGGGAGGAGGAGAUGGGCAGAACGUUUUUUUGCUUGAACGACUCGGAACUUGCUGGAGAUUCAGAGUGUAGUGUCGAGGGUUAUAAGCUCUUCUGAAAAGGAUGUUGUACUGGUCUGGCAAAUGUCAAAUAUGAUAUCUCUGAUGCAGGACCAGAGAUGAACUUGGCCGGCGUUGAUGCACAUCAUGGCCUUGGGUGGAGGCCUUCGGAGGCUGCUGAACCGCUUUUAGCCAAGUCUCAAAGGCGGGGGGGGACAAACGUUCAAGAGUCGAGAAAUGGAGGGGAGGUUCUUCUCGAUGUACCACGUACCUAACUGCAGACAACAUGACUCUGCGUGACGGUUGUGUAAUUAUAUGGAAGAGAGCUCGGCGUGGUUUGCAGAGCCUGGGCAUUUGAUUCGAGGGGGUCUGUUUCUGACCAAGUCACUUGUGAUAAAAUAUGGGCCUUGCAGAGCUGCAAUGGAAGUCUCAGGAUGGGGAAAGCAGCAGGGCAUACUCCCUCCUGGACUUCCCUGAAAUGUAUCUCGCCACAUUGGCAGCUAAAUUCAUUCAGAAGAGUCCUAUUGUAAACUUGCCCUUCAAUGGGGUUAGUGAGGAAGACAGAAAGCCUGAGGAUGGGCUGUCCAAUGCCUGUCUGUCUGCUGACAAGGCAUGACAGUGAAAAGGGAAAGCGAAGAUGAGCGUACACACACACACACACACACACACACACACACACACACACACACACACACAGAGAGAGGUUGCUGAACUUGUGGUUACGAGUUUGAUAACGAUGAUAAUUAUAUUGAGAAUGGAGGAGAGAAUGAAGAGAGGGAAUGCCAAAAGAACCUGCAGGUAAACGGGUGGUUGUCAUGGAAAGAAAAAGUUAAUGGAGAGUUGCGGAGGGUGUAAUGCAAGAAGGAUGGAGGAUGUGAGGUUCUGUUUUGGAUGUCAACAACUUGCACGGGCAAGAAGGUUGUGUGGAUUGGAGGAUGGGAGGGAAGAGUACUCCAUGACGUUAUUAGUGAAUGAUGAUUUGGCAAUCAUGAGAGCUACAUUUGUAGAGAAUAUUGCGAAUGGUACAUGUGAAAGGGGGCAAGAGAGUAGGGAAUACCGAAGCUGUAAGAAAAGGCAGGGGCUGUAAAACGCAGUGGAACUGAAACAAAAGGGCACGUGCCCAAAAGGGGACAUGAGGGAUGAGGGCAGACGAAUCCACGAGAACAUCAACAUCAAUGUGAAACUGGUGAAGGCAUUCGAUACUGAAUAUAUGAAAUGUAUAGCCUCAUUGCCAGGGGAGGCAACCCCAAGGUGAGAUUUUCCGAAUCUCAUGAGAACAAGCGGAUGUCUCGCUGUCAGUCAUGGUGUUUGUGAGGAUCAACGGAUGGCGGCAUAUUAAAUCUUCGUUCAGGUCUCUCAGGGAUGGUAUGCCCUGGUCGCUCAGGGCCUUGUCUGCUGGCUUUCUUAUGUUGGCCAGUACUGCAGUUUGUAGUGAUGGUGCCACACGUGCUGUAUAACCAGGAAAGGUCGCACUAGUGUUCUUAUGAUAUGCCAUAUGUGCGUGGAGAUGACAUCGAGUGUAUGCGUAAGGAAUGAAGAUCACACUAGCUGAUGGAGACACUGCAUGUAAUGGAGACACCACAAUGUGCUGUUCUUAUGUCUAUCUUGGUGCUGCACGCAAAAUGUGAUGAAGAUGCUGCAGGUCCUGUCAUUUGGGGGGAAGGUGCCAGAAUAUUGGUAAUUUCGCCUAGUUAUAAGAUCAUGGUGAGGAGAAGUGGACGAUUAUUGCUGGGCCAGAUGAGAUGAUUAUUGUCACGGGUGUUUAGGUGAUUUGGCGUGUGGCGAAGGUCCCAGUUGAUGCAAUUGUAGCAAAUCCUAUUGCAGCAUUCCUUGCAGUGCAAGGAGUGAGGUCUUCAAUCUGAUGAGGUCUUCAAUCUGAUGUAUGUUCAAUGUUGAUCUCGUGUCUUCCUCAGCAAGCGAGAGCAUCUUGUCCCAGAAAUGACCUGUGGAACAUCUCCUGUGGUCUUCUUCAGAAAGAGGGAUUUGUCCGAGAGAGGUGGAAGUGGGUCUGUGCUGUUGUUGGCUUCGGCUGAUUGGCUUUGGCUUUUCUCAGGAGGGUUACUGUGAAGAGAGUAUGCAAUCCUUUCGUGUGUAGUAGGUUUGUCGAGGAGAGGGGGGGUGGGGAGAGGGGAGGGAAUUGAGAAGGGGGUGAAUGGAGGAUGAUGUGUGCACAUAUGCAUCGGUGUGUGUAUGGUAGGAAGAAGGACGUGUUUGCAGUUAGUGUUAUCUCUCUGCAUGCAGUCCUGCCAAGUGAGUGGAUGCCCAGUGUACCACAAAUCAUGAUAGAUCAUAGACGAGGAAAAUAAAAAUAAAGAGAGAAAAGAGGGGAGGGGGGGGUGGGAGAGGGAGGGGAAGGGCAGGGAAGGGACGGAGCUGGUGAGCAGGCAAGCAGACUGGUGGCAGUGCGCUUGCAGGAGGUGUGUUUUCAGAUUUCCAACUUGACUCGCCGAUGGCCGAGUGGAUGAUCGGUGCUGUGCUGUUCAGA